UGUUGACAGACGAGUAUAACGAACAUGGCCACCGCGCUUUUUCAAUUUUGAAACGUUUCGUGUUCGUAGCGCAGUGGUUUAUAUAAUUCCUGAACAAAAUGAGUGACUUAGUGGCAACAAGUAAUUUCGUGAGCCUGCAAAAAGUAGAAUUACAAAAUCUGCAGCCGUCUCAAUCGAACGCUCUUAUCGUGGGUAUAAUAAUCGCCAAAACUAGACCGAAAAUAUUUGAAUGCCAGGGGCAGGAGGGAAAAGGCCAUAUGAAUAAUUACAGGGCCGUAUGGAAUUUCACAAUCAGAGAUUCUUUACAGCAUUACAUUAAUGUAAGCUAUUGGGGCCCUCCUGAGGCGAUUCUUCAAGCAAACGAUAAAUUUUCUACGGGAAAUGUGGUUGAGGUUAUAAAUCCACAUAUAGAACUCAGACAGUCCAACGAUCGAUCAGAGCUCUUUCAACCAAUGGUUACUUCGCCGUAUAAAUUAACUCUAAGUGAAAAAUCUGCCAUUACCCUACAUCCAAAUCCGGAUCCUUAUCAAUCUUUGCUGCAUGUCCCCACGAAACCAACGGCCAUGUAUGUGCCACUACACGAUAUUCACACCAGAGGCGCCUCCAUUGAAUAUGCUGAUGUAUUAGGUGCUUUAAAAGGCCUUAAAGAAAUUAGAAGUAUAAAAUGCAAAAAUAGCGACGUUAUGAUGCAGGUCCGUCAAAUUGAAGUUUUCGAUCACACGUCUUUAAAUCUAAAAGUUACCUUGUGGGAACCUGAUAUUAUUAACAGAUCGAAUUUUUGGACUCCAAAAUCUACAGUUCUUUUCAUGACCGAUCUAAAAAUUUCUUGGUCACAAUUUGACAAUGCCUUUGUUGGAAACACGUCAGGUAGAACUGUGGUAACCGUAGAUCCAGCUACGAGGGAAGGAAAAGAGCUCUACGAGUUUGCACAGUCUACUACAGUUGAAACUUAUGACAUUGUUGAGCAGUUGGUCGCUGCCAUGCCUAGCUCAACUGCAGUAGAUGAAAUACUUAACAUAAGGCAGCUUUAUGAGCGCGUCAAUACUUGUUGCGAAAACAUACAAAGUGCAAACACCUCAUUUAUUGCUGUCAUUUUUGGAACUGUGACCGAGUUAGAUUUGGAUGGUCUUUCUGAUACACUUUCUGUCAAAUGUGGUCACUGCAAAAUGCGCCUAAAGGGCUUCAAAUGCGAAAAUGCCGAGUGUCCGGUUGUAUUUGACAAUGUGUCUGUGGAACCUGAAAUAACGUUUGAUAUUAAAGUUUCAAUUACUGAUCAUUCCGGCACUUUGGCCAAUUGUCGCCUUAGAGGAAACGUUGCGGAACAAGCGUUAGAAUGUUCGGCAAAAGACUUCUCGGCAUUGACUGAUGACGAAAAAGGACACUUAAAAUGGAAAUAUUUACUGGAACAAUGCAAGAUACGCCUAGCGAUUGUUUUCGUUGUCGGUGAAAAUCCGGUAUUUUCAAUUUUAGAAAUCGAACAUGCAGAUCCCCAUGAAAUGGCCACUAAAGUUCCAGUAUAUUAAUAUAUUUAAUAAGUUUAUUGAAUAUUGUAGUACAUUUGCUUAUUGUUGUUAAAUAAAGUGUAGUAGUGGUUGA